CUACAUCCGGUCGAAUAUUUCACAAUUUGCCUUGUCAUCGGGGGAAUUUGGCAAAGAAAGUGUGUUAAAACGCUUGGAUGUCCAAAUGAAGACUUUCGAACCACGCAUUUUUUAAACCUUUGACCACAUUGUGCCAAUUUUUAUUUUUGGAAUUUUUCACCUGAUGUUUACUUGCACCUGAAAAGGGCCAUCCUACAAUCGGUGAACGUCGCCCCACUAUCACGGUUAGUCGCUGGUAGGCUUGGCGGAGGCCAACCAUCGCUCAUGGUUGUACAACAGACCGCUGACCGGCCGCAGACCUACCAAGAAUUUCCCAGUGAUGUGAUCUAAGCUGCUAUUUCGAGUGCGGUGAUCGACUGACGAUCACGAUGAUACUCAUCGUUCUGGUGUUUGUGGCGUGUGUGAAUUGGACUUUAGCACAGUGUCCCGAAGGAAUAACCGGGAAUUGUACCAUCCGACAUAAUGAAACGUCGCCGAAACCGCCCCUGCUCCAAGCAAUGAACAUGCUCGCUGAAGAUGACGACCACAAAGGGCGAGCUCUUAAUUUUACAAUGACCGAAUCGAACAACACACAUGACGAACAUGGAGACCUUAGCGAUGUCACCAUCAACGAAGAUGAAGAAGAACAUGACAAAAUCACAGCUCAUAAUGUCACCGUUUGCUCAAAAGGAGGUUUGACGUACGAAGAAGGAGAAAAAUUAGAAAUCGGCUGCGAAUCGACGUGCACGUGCCGAAACGGGAAGAUGCAAUGUGAAGAUAGAUGUGUUAAACCGAUGGUGAGGAAAGGGAAGAAAAUUGAAGAUCCACUCUGCAUUGAGAAGGACACAGACGACGAAUGUUGCGCCGUUUUGGUGUGCACAGCAGAUACGGAAACGGAGCCUUUAGAAAUCUGUACGUUCAAGAACCACACUUACACUCGUGGCGAAUCGUUCAAUAAAGGCUGCGAUGAAGUUUGCACUUGUGAAAUCGCAGGAAAAACAUCCUGCAAACCGCGAUGUCCUCCUGUUAAUAAAACGAACGAUAAAUGUGUGGAAGUGCAAGACCCGAAUGAUUCCUGUUGUAAGAAAUUGCUUUGCGAUGUGACUUUGGACGAUCACGAAGCGGACAAGGAUUAUUCCAUGCAAAUGCAUAAAUUAAUAGAAGCUAAAUAUUUAAAUGAAUCGACGGUUGAAUUACAAUUUGAUCCGAAGCUGAACGAGAAAGAGAACUCGAUUUUUAUUGAAGGUAGUGCCGAUCAGAACGAUUGGAAAACUUAUAAAAUAAGAGCACAGAAAUACGUCGAUGUUAUGGACGGAACUAAAUAUCUCAAACUAGAAAACAGCAAAGAAAGUGUUAAAAUCGAAUCGGCUGCGACAAAAACUCCGCUCGAAAACGCUUCCUCAUCAGCUUGCACUUACAAAAACAAGUCUUUUGAAUUAAACGAGGAGUACAACGACAACUGUACGUCUCUUUGCGUUUGUAAAGAGUCAGGAAUGAAGUGUUUGAAACUUGAAUGUCCUACUUAUUUCGGCGUGGACGUUCUCGAUCCGAAUUGUAUUGAAUGGGAGACGGUUCCUCCGAAUUUCCAUCCGACGCCUCCAAACUGUUGUCCGCAAGAGUUGAAAUGUAAAAGCAACGGUUCUUGCGUCUAUGAAGGUCACACUUACCAAAACUGGCAGCAAUUGCCUGAGAACGUCACCGGUUGCGAAAAACGAUGUUAUUGCGAAAUGGGAAAUGUCGAAUGUCAAAAUACUUGUCCUCCGGUGACGGCCUUACCGCCCCCAACACUUCCCUGUCCGCCGCAUCAAGCAAUAGUGGAUCAUCUGCCAGAUGACGAGUGUUGCAUGUAUUGGGUGUGCAGUCAAGAGAGUGGACGUAACGAAACAAAGAUGAACGCAACGGAAAUAAAAACACCGUCGAAAAUCAUGGGACCGUUACUAGUUUACAAAAACCAUAACAAAACCGACAAUAAAAAUCCUCUCGAACCGUUCACACCUCCGAAUUUGCCCCAAGACGAAAAUCCAUACUAUCACAAAAACGAAAAAGACAAGUUUCUCGGUCCUUAUAAUCCAAAUUAUAAACAAAACAAGAAACCUGGACUUGGAAAUAACCAAGACGAGUUGUUACAAUUCAUUCACCAACAUCCCGAAAUCACGAAUUAUCCUUCGGGAUCCGUUGUCGAAAUUCACAAACCCUCCUUCAAUAAUCGCCCCCAACAUUUCAUCCCCUAUGUCAUCCCACAGAACGGUCAUUCGGACGACUUACCACCUGGCAUAACCCUCGAACAAAUUUUGCAAGAAGUGCAUAAAAACGCAAACCCGAAUGGUCAUAUUUUACCCUUCCCUAAUCAUUUCACUAACGGACCGGUACUUUUAGCCCCACAAAGUCCAAUUUUGCCUAGACAUAACGCAACGUUUCCAGGCCAGCAGUUUCCAGGGGGUUUCCCCACGAUGCAACAGGAUGAUAUUAGUGUGACGGCACUUGAAGCCGUGGACGCUCACACCGUGCGUUUGGCUUUUGUGGUCCCUUCGGUCAUUGUGGGCUUGCAUGGACGAGUGGAAGUGCGCUACACUCAUCACGACGAUUCGGACGUAAAUUCGUGGCAAUUGCAAGUUUUCGCACCUCCCAAUGACUUGAUCGCCACUCCUCAACUCGAAUUCGACCUUUUAGACCUCAAACCUGACACCGAAUACAAGAUCAAAAUAACGAUAACGUUGCGCGACCUCCACAACACGCCAAGUAGCCGAAUAUACAAAAUAAGAACUCUGAAGGAUUUAAAUGCAACAACUUUGCCUCCGAUGAUCCCAAUCGAGCCCGAAUUGGCCAUCAGCGACAUAAAUGCCACUUGGGUCACAGUGAUUUGGCGCAAAUUCACCGAAUACGAACUGCAAUUCAUCGAUGGAGUUCAGUUACGAUUCAAGGAAAUUGAGGGAAAAAUCUACGACGCUACGCCACUUAUCCACAGAUCUGUGACAAGUUACACACUCGAGAACCUCAAACCUAACACGAAAUACGAAAUCGGGAUUUUCUUCAUUCCAUUUCCGGGACAGUUGACGGAACUACACGCCGAACAUAUGCUGCAUUUUACCACAGCCAACGAAAUCGAUACUUACGGCUUCAAUGUUACUCUGGAUAUCUCUCAUAUCAAGUCAACAAGUGUUGAGAUUUCCUGGUCCGGAGUGCCGUACCCGGAAGACAAAUACGUCAAUAUCUACCGGGCGAUUUACCAAAGCGAUUCCGGGAAGGAGGAUCAUAGCACGUUUAAAAUCGCCAAGCGGGAUUCCCCCACGAAAACGGUCAUAAGUGACCUAAAACCGGGCACGAGAUAUCGCUUGUGGUUGGAGGUUUACCUCACCAAUGGUAAAAUUAAGACGAGUAAUGUUCAAGACUUUAUAACGAAGCCGAGGGCGGCGCCGGCUUUAGGGGCGGCCACCCAAUCGGAUAAAUUAUCAGCAGGGGAGCAAAAGGGCGACUAUUAUGGGCCCCUAGUCAUUGUUGCUAUCCUAGCGGCGAUUGCCAUUAUGAGUACGUUGAUUUUGUUGCUGAUUUUAGUUAGGAGACACAAUCAGAAUAAAGCUGCCAUUACGCCGCCCCCGCCGAGGGUUAGUCAAUCGGCCUACGAUAACCCAACGUACAAAGUGGAGAUUCAACAAGAGACAAUGGGGUUAUGAAAGUGAAAGACCUCGACUGGUGUAAAUAUUAGGCAAUAGAUUUACGUGUAAGAAAUCCUGAUUAAGAAUUUUGUAUUUAAUUUUAGAGUUAGGUUAUGUAAUAUAAUAUUCCGACUAUUGUGUAUUAUUUAUUUAAAUUUGUAGGAUAUUUAAACCAUUCAAGAUGUUACUGUUUGCAAUUGAUAUUUUCCUAAAAUUAAAUAAAAGAACUAAAAACA